CUGUUUAGUGGCCUCUAAACAAUUAUUCUAUCUGUCUGAGUUACAAGUAAUCAAAAACAAAUUAUAGAUGCUUGUAAUUUAAACAUAAUUAAAUUAUUAGGUAGUCUCAGAAUAAUUCAGUUACAACCACCCAUGCAUGUUGUUGACAAUAUAUGGAAUCACAAUCACUGGGCUGAUAGGAUAGACAAAUAAAAGUCUCCUCUCUGUUUGUUCAUCAUAGAGAGGAGAUAUCAUAUGGAUUGUUCUAUUUGCAGUGCUAUGCCUUUCAUUCUGAGGCCACCGCGGAAUUCAAUAUGCGCGAGUUGUUAUGAGGGAGCUAGAAGCAUAAUCGCCCUUACAAGCAAGCCGGUUGACCUCGAUCAAUCAAGCACAAAAUCCGCAAUGUUUCCACCAAGUUCCUCCAAGGGAUUUGGAAAUGCUCUGAAAUGGUUCAAGGAAAUGAAGGAGAUGGAAGAGGAGUUGACAGAGAAGAUGACGUUUUUAGGAGGGUUUGUUGCUGCUUUUCGAGAUGAAUUGCAUUCUGAUAUUCAACUAAAGCCUGGUGAUCAAGGACCUUCCAUACCUGCACACAGAGCAGUACUGGCAACGAGAUCGAUUAUAUUCAAACACAUGUUAGAAGCCGACGGAUGCAAAGCUGCAGCAAGCGACACCAUAACCCUGCCCGAAUUGAACCACGAAGAACUUGAAUCACUUCUCGAAUUUCUCUACAGCGGACACUUGUCCGAAGCGAAAGUAGAAAAACAUGUGUAUGCAUUAUCAACCGCAGCAGACAAGUACGAAAUUCCAUUUCUACAAAGAUUCUGCGGGCAGCAAAUGCUGAGAACAUUAAACGCGACAAAUGCUCUGGAUGUGCUGGAAAUCUCGGACAAUUGUUGCAACCAGAGUUUGAAAGAAACUGCAUUAAGUUUCAUUGUUAAGAACAUGGAAGAUGUGGUUUUCACGUCGAGAUUUGAUGCGUUUGCUCUCAGGAAUCCGCAUUUGACUGUACAGAUUACGAGAGCAUCUUUUAUGGAUAUUAAAUAUAGACGAAAUGGAGUUGUCAAAGAUGUAUAGAGAUCAGUUUUUCAUCUUUUUUUCUUGCUGUAAUCAUAUGAAAAAUUAAACUAGAAUUAUUUAUUUGUUUUAUUUAAUUAUUAUUUUUAUA